AUGUCGACUUCUUCCCGCACAAGUCAGAGACAUCCUUCCUCGACCUCAAGCUGCUCACAGCUGCAUCCUGUUCCCCGCCUAGAAAUUUCCCUAGAUACUCUAGUUUCUCAUCUUAUAGCGUCCAAACUUUCUCUCGCGUCAAUCAGAACGGUAUGGCGCGCAAAGGAAAUCGUUAUUUCGGCUCGAAGUGCUCUUGAAGAGUGUGUAGUGCUUUUUACUCGCACGAAGUUUUUGAGGAAGAACAUAUCUGAACAGAUUGCUACGCUCCAAAAGAUUAGAAGUGGAAUUGAUACCCUUCAUGAUGAGAGCGAGAGAGAUUUUAAGGAUGUUAUUGACAAUAUGGAUCUGGCAAACAAACGAUUAGAAUCUACUAUGGGUAUUCUGAGAUCUACUAUGGUGGAAGCCACAUUCAGACCCGAAGAUGAAGAGGCUAGAAGCUUGCUGGACUUUCUGGAUGAACAAGGAGUAGAGUCUAUGCGAGAUUCCUUGAAAGAUUCGAUUCGGGAAGCUGAGGAAGCCAAAACAGAAUUCGACUCGUUAAUGCGCUCAUUUGAUGAUGAUAUUCGUACUCUAAAUAUAGCGUCUAAAGACCUGGUAGGAUCACAGCUUAUCAUGGAGCCAACUUUGGGCGUCCCAAAGCACUUACAAACCCUGGAAUCACACGCCCAGGAAAUGGCUUCGUUACUUGAAUCUCUUGUACGGCACUUUGAUCUCUGCGUCAUUGCAAUUCGAAAUACAGAGGGGGGCACAGCUGCAGUUAAAAAAGCAGCAUCGUCUCAGUUAGCAGGAGUAGAUGCCGUUUCUAUCUCUGGGGUGAUGAGUACCGAGAACGUUCUUGAUAGAGAGCAGAUUUCAGAGGAAGAGAUGCAAGAAAUACUCGACGUACUCGAAAAAGAUUCCGCUCAAGUUGAAGAAGUUGUCAUGGAGCUCAAGGUUUUAUUAGCUGACAUGGAAAUCAAGUAUGGAAUUGUCCAUGAAAGUGUUACUUUGCUUGAAGAGUUAUACGAAGAUAGCGUUAAGGCUUUUCAGACCCUUGAAUUAGUGGGAUUACGCUUACGUGGAUAUAUUCACUCUAGUCAUGAUUUCUGCUUACGUUGGGAUGAUAUCAAGGCCAAUAUUCAAUCACAACUUAGAGAUCUGGAUUCUAUUCGCUUAUUUUAUGAAAACUAUUAUAGCUCAUAUGAUGGCUUAAUUCUUGAGGUUCGGCGACGCAAACUAUGUGAAGAUAGAAUGCACGCUAUCCUUACGAAAGCGGCAGAUCAAUUACAGAAAAUUUAUGAAGACGACAUGCAUAAGCGUGAAGAGUUUCGUGCUGACGUUGGCGAAUACCUACCAGUAGAUCUAUGGCCUGGUGUUGGCGAUGCUACACCCCGUUGGAACUUUAUACGCAUCGACGGCAAGAACACUGUGCCCACAAUAAAAAGCGCGGUUGUCGAAGCCGCCGAAAAAAGGGUCAGAGCAAGGGAAAAUGCAGAAUUAACUCGAUAA